AACCACAUCCUGUUACAGUACUGCGCUUCGAUUUUAAAUCCCAUAACGACUUUUUUUUCUUUCUUUUUUUCUUUCUUUGCAGAAGAUAAGAAAUCUUCACACAUAUAUAUAUAUAUAUAUAUAUAUUGGGACUGAGUGAAAUUGGAAUGUGUGAAAUUUUAGAGGCAUAAUAUAUACCUGCCUCUAAAGGAAGUGGUGUAACACACACAUGCUGGAUCUUCAUCUGUCUGCACUCAAAAGGAGGUAACAACGUCUUUUUUGAGAGACAAGUUAAAGAUAUUUUUAUCUGAGAUGCAUCACAGCUUCAUAGUGACGAACUGGGGAUGGAUACUACGGAUGCUUCUCUACUUUAUGGUCUCAGGUACUCGCUCUCUGGUCACAGUCCACCAGCCUCCUGCGCUGACCGCUGCUCUGGGUCAUGAUGUCAUAAUGCCGUGUCAUCUCAAUCUUUCCCCUGAUGAGAAAAUGAAGACCCCACCGAUUCUGUAUUGGUCCCACACACAGAACAAAACUGGCAAUCUGUGGACGCCCUCUAAGGAAUAUGUUGGACGUGUUGACCUUCUGGACAACAAUCCAAACACCUCAAACAAGUCCAUACUCCUCAAGAAUGUCCAGUGGGCCGACAGCGGGAAGUACCUGUGCAAACUCUCUGUCACCAUGCAGAGGAAAAAAAGUUUCCGGAGCAAAGGAAAUGAAACUUUACUGAAAGUUUAUGACACCAUGAUCUUUAACCUCACCGGUCACAACGACUCUCUGCUCCGCUGUGAAGUGAACGUGACCCGGGAUCCCGCGUUUGUUUUGUCCAUUUCACACGACGGAUGGAAACUCCAACCUGUCGACUCUGCUCCGGGAGACGCUGGCGCAGAUCUGCCCUACGUCACGCUCUCUGAAUCCAUUUCUCCGCAGAACGACGGAGAAUACGAGUGUCAGCUGCACCUGGACGGAGAUCUGAUAACGAAAAGCAUCUUCCACUACCAACCGCCUGGCGUCAACACAACAUCAACUCUGACAUCACUGCUGUGGUUCCAGCAUCAUCCCAGUUAUCCUUAUAAAAACGUUUCGCUCUCCGAGCCAGGUGUGGUGGUGUUUCCAGAGCCGUGGCUCCUGUAUGCGGCUCUCCUCCUGGUGCCCAUCACUGUCCUGCUGAGCGUCCUAACUGCCCUGAUGAUGUACAAAUGCGGAGUUUGUCUUCUGGAACAAAAAGCUUAGCAAUGGAGAUCCAGGCUGUCGGGCCAAGCACCCCCAGAGUCGACUGUUAUCAGGCCAUUAAAUAUGUGUUAAUGUUCGCUAUAAGCUCCAUAGAUGUGGGUCAGUAGGGGCCUACUACGUUGUUAAAGUGAAAACGAACACGUUGUGGCACAAACAACACAACCACUUUGUUAAAGGUGCUGUUGAUUGACAGCUGCUCAGAGGCGGCAAGGCUCCAGCUUGGCUCCGAUUCGUUGUUUUCCUCCAGUCUGUGAAAUCUUGCAGAUGCCGUUAGGAGCACCGGAGGGACAUGAUUUUUUGUGGGUGUAGUAGGCCUCUAUUGACCCACAUCUAUGGUACUUAUAGCGGCUGAUAACGCCCAUUUAAUGCCCUGAUAACAGUCUAAUCGGCUGGCCCGAUGCAAAAGAUGAAGUCAAGAUCAAAGACAUUCAUAACCAGGGACAAUCAGCUUCUGCCAGUUCAACUUAAAAGGGGAGCACUCUAUAUUUAAGUAUUAUUCAUGAUUAAAAACUAGCAGACCGCAAGCAUAACUAUUACUGCUCUGUCAAAUAUUUACAGUGGCAGCACCCGUCAAAGUCCCAAUACAUCAUAAUGGUUCAACGAGGCACUUUUCAGAAAUGUUGACAAUGAUAAAAGUUAUAUCGUGGUGCAUUCUGUCUGUCAUUGUUAACAAGUCACAAGUCUCCAUGCAAGGCGGCGUAUUGUUCCCGGGUUUCGGCACUGCAUGAAAAAACUACUAUAUACUGUCAUGGCGCUCACAGAAUACAUAAAACCUGAGAUCCAACAAGGCCAGCAGUGAAAGAUGGUGUAGGAUAUUCUUCUAUACUUCUAUAUUAAUGCAUCACACAAUCUUUCAAAAAUCCUUUGACCAAAAUAAACAUCAAAUACCGCGUCACAUUUACCAGGUGUUCUCCUGUAAAUAGUUAUCAGCCAUUAGUAUACGUAUAUCACGAUAUGGAUUGCAGGUUGUAAAUAAUGGCAAUUGAUGAUGUGUCAAAUACAUCACUGAAACAUGAUUGCUCAAUUGUUUAUUUUUUUAUUUUUGCAAAAUUGUGUAACAUUUAAGGGGAUCUAUAAGCAGAUGAUUUUUAAGUGUGUGUAUUUGACUGUGAAUAAUAAAUCAAGUCCUAUAUAUGCAUAUGAAAUGAUAUAUUCUUGCUGC